CAAGAGUGGUCUACUACGUCAUCACCGAGCGACGCUAGAGUCUCCCGAAUUCACCAUGGCGGAAGAUGAACCAAAGAAAGUGAUCAAGCUCGUACCCGAGUAUCUCCUGAAGAAGAGGAAAGCGUACCAGGCCAUCAAAGCCACGCAAGCCAAGCUCGCGCUGCUUGAGAAGAGAAAGGUGUGUAGAGGCAAGCCGCUGAAGUUCAAGCGUCUGGAGGACUUCAUGAAAGACAGCCACAGGAAGCACCGCGAUGACACGCGUAUCCAGAGAUCCAAGAACAGACCGAGAACCCCGCUGCCCCCCGCCAAGAACAAGCUGGCCUUCGCAGUUCGCAUCAGACAGAUUAAAGGUGUCAGCCCCAAAGUGAUGAAGGUGGUCCAGAUGAUGAAGCUGAGGAAGAUCUUCAGCGGGGCCUUCAUCAGGAUCAACAAGACCUCCGUUGCCAUGAUGAAGACGGUGGAGCCCUAUGUGGCCUGGGGUUUUCCCAAUUUAAAGUCUGUCCGUGAGCUCAUUUUGAAGCGAGGUCAGACCAGGAUUGGCAAGAGGAGGGUCCCGCUAACUGACAACACCUUCAUCGAGCAGCACAUGGGUAAACAUGGCAUCAUCUGCCUCGAGGACCUCAUACACGAGAUCUACUCUGUCGGCAGUGGCUUCCGGGUUGCCAACAACUUCCUGUUGCCCUUCAGGUUGUCGGUAGCUCGUCACGCCGCUACGGACAAGGCCGGGCUCCUGAAGGACCUGGGAAAUCCCGGAUUUCGCAGCACGGACAUUAACACCAUCAUACGGCAGCUGAACUGAGUGAUGGGACGGCUACUCAAGCACCAUCUACAGGCACACUUCAUUUCCUGAGUGGAACGCCAACAACAAAUGUUUUUGUUUGCCAGAGGAGCGCAGGGUUUUACCCAGAGUCGUAUUAAACAUGUCUGUUUCAGUAGCAACUAUUGUUGUGGUUGCAUGAUGGGAGCAGAAGGACCUGAACUAGUGUCUUUGACUUAAUUUCAAAAAAAUAUAUAUUGAUUUUGUAGUUCCCCUGACUACAGAUUGCUCGAAGUUGUUUGAUGAAAAAUACUAUUUCCAAUCACUGGUGAGAUGAAAAAUAUUGUCUGAUAAAGGUACACUUCCCUCCUAUCAUUAACUGCUUCCUCACGUGCUCUAGAGAAGAAUUCAAGGUGAUGCCGUGCAACCAGUUUGAUGUACACUUGUGGGGGACGUAAUUCUACUUGCGCCAUGUAUUAUUCCUCAAUUUAUCAGAGGAGCGGAACAUCACAUGGCUGCGUAUAAUGGGACAGUGAUUGUGGCCCCUUUCACCCUGCAGGAGCCACAAACCUGUCUAUUGCUAAUUCACUCACUACAUGCAAUAGUGUUAAUUGUGGAAAGAGUCUUUUGAAAUCAGUUUGGCAGAUGCUUUUUUGUUUUUACAAUAAAACAAAUGAUUCAGUGUU